UCGCGUGGUUACGGACAAGGCCGACUUUAUAGAUGAAGGUAAACAGGAGAGAUAUUCCUUCGAACAGUUCUCUUCACCAACAUCAGACUGGAAUUGGAAGGGGUUUGCUUCAGCAGGAGGAAGUUAACUUCUAGAAGCAGACUUCAAGAACGGCAUUACAGUAUAGAAAUGUCAACGGAAUGUAUCAGAUCUAAUCUAGACCACUUCAAGAAGUAGGUAAAGGGAAUUUUGUCAGCGAAUAAUCGUUCAAGUUAUUGUGACAUCUGCCAGAAUCCUGGUAGAAUGGGCUAGGAAAUCAUGGGAAAGAAAUAAGUGCCAGUGGACUGUGAGAGGGACUCUCUAUUGACUAUGCUAUAGGUGAAUCGAGAUUGUAGCCUACGGUAACACCUCAAGAAUAUCCAGUAGGACAGAAUCUGGAUGUCACAGAAGGAAAAUAUGAUGUAAUAUAUCAGCUGAGGGACGUAUUUGGUUCAGAUCAAUUAAGGGAACGAAUCUCGCAGGAUGAAUAGUAGGAAAUUUAAACAGAAUAGAGGAAUAUGAGGAAUAAGAAAGGAAAUAUCGUUGUUAGACAUCAGGCAUACUCACCAAGGUUAGAGACGAUCAGGAUGCAGUAAGAAUACCAAUGUUGACAUUUUUUAGUUGAUGAGUGACAAGAAACAUGGGAUCAAAGGGGUCAAAGAUAGCUUCAUCUCCGAAGCCAACAUGUGAGGAAGAAGGGGAGGUAAGAUCCAGUGGUGCCAGCAACAUCAACACCAGGAGGCGCAAGAAGGGCCGUCAUGGGGAAGCAUCCUCCAGAUCUCCGAAGUCGAACCGCAAGAAACCCAAGCGGAGGCCCACUCUGAACCCUCUGUCCUACCACAGCCAUAGUGUCUUCAGUUCGAUGGAAAUCGACAAAAUACUCCGGAAAAGUUCGGUGGACGUCAGGAACAAGCUGACGGACUCGAUGAAGUCGAUCAGAUCGGACGCGUCGUUCUCGGACGCCUCGUGGUACACGGACAACAGUUCCGUGGAACUCAUUGACCAUGAAGUCUUCGAGUACCCAUUUGAGAACUUGAUCUUCGAAGGCGGAGGAAACAAGGGUUUGGCGUAUGCUGGUGCUAUCCGGGAGCUUGAAAGAGUUGGAAUAUGGAAGAACAUCAAACGCCUCGGAGGGGCAAGCGCGGGGGCAAUGACUGCGACCCUCAUGGCGAUCGGGUACAACUCUUAUGAACUGAGAGAAUUUCUGAGCAUGAACCUCCAGGGAUAUUUCCUAGAUGCAAGGUGUGCCACGUGUAGUCUUCUUCCAAACCUCCUGAGGCAUUUUGGGUGGCACCCUGCUCGUCGUCUCUUCGAGUGGUUCGGAGAUAGACUAGAGGAGCAGACUGGUGAUGCCGAUGUUACCUUUAAACAGCUGUACGACCGAUUGGGCAAGGAGCUGUGUAUCGUGGUCACCAAUCUGAACCACAUGGAUGCCGAGUAUUGUCACGUGAAGACUACGCCAAAUAUGCCGAUAAGGAUCGCAGUGCGCAUGUCUCUGGCAAUCCCAGGUUUGUUUGGUGCGGUGAGGUGUGAAAAACAAGGGAGUCCUGAUUAUUACGUAGACGGAGGUGUCCUCUGCAACUAUCCUUUACAUUGCUAUGACGGUUGGUGGCUUUCGAUGAAACCUCAAGACAGUAUGCUAAGAAGACUUCAACCACUUGAAGACAUCGGUAAACUAUGGGACAAGAAGGAACGAUUUGGAACCAUUAACCCGAAAACAAUCGGACUCUACCUCUACAGCAGCGAUGAACAGGAUGUUAUGGUAUCAAAGCUACAAAGGAGGAAAAUGCACAAUGUAAAACGACCUGACACAAAACUUUCCAAGAAGAGGGAAGGAAUCAGAGAGGUGAAAGAUGCUGCCGUGCGUGAGCACGCCAUUAUCACCCAGGCGUUGUCGAGUUUUCUUAGACUCCUUGCCGAAAGCGACGUCGACGAGAGCGGCUCGAUCACGAGAAAAGAACUCCAGCAGGCAUUUACCAAGAAGGUGGAUUACUUUACGGACGGGCAACGUCGAACUCUUUUCGGGGACAACUGCCAAGUCGAUGAUAUUUUCGACUAUUUGAACCACGAAAAGGAUGAUGAGAUAACCUAUCAGGAAUUACAAGACUUCGCUGAGAAACGGGGCGUGGCCAUCCAAUCCAGUUUCGAGGGAUACGGGAGAAAAGAGAUCAAGUCUUUUGGUCAGUUCCUCGGAGCUCUUUCUGACACCUUACUCGUUAAUGUCAAAAGAAUUUUUACCACGGACGAGGACAUCGGCCGAACGAUUGGAAUCGAUACCGUCUAUGUUGGUACCACUGAUUUUGAACUGGAAGAGGGCGACAUACAAUUUUUGUUUGAGCAAGGAGAGCGAGCAGUUCGAUCUUAUCUCCGCCAUUAUGUGAGACUCCAUGACCCACCUCUGAAGAAAGAACUGCAGGGCGGAAGUACAACAGAGAGCACUUUACCCUACAGAGAACCCAAGCAACAGCUUCAAACAGAUCCACAGCCAGCAAGGGAAUCAAAACAAGGGUCUGCCGUUCUCUCCCGCACUAACUUACACGCGCACAACCGAAGCGUGAGUGCAACCUCGCAAGAGACAUCGAAUAGGUCGGCCCCGUUGCCGAGUAGCACGGACGUUGGACCGCCGAUACUUAUUUCGGAACCGACGGAAGAAGUGCCUCGUAGCCGCACCCGGUUGCCGCCACUCGAAGGCACUAGUCACAGAAGCCCGUCACCAACGAGGUUCGAUGUUAUCCCCAUGGGCUCCCGCAGUUCGCUUCGUCUUGGGAACUCUCCGAGUUCAUCUCCCAAGUUGCUUCAUGGUGAGAACCGCCCGAGUACAUCUCAAAGGAGUAUAUCUCCGGGCUUGUUUCAUGGCGGGAACACUCCGACUAGAUCUCCGAGAUUGAUUCAUGAUGGAUAUUCUCCAAGUACAUCUCCUCGAUCGAGGUCUGACGGGGAAAAGCUUGUACGUGGGAAGAGAGGGAAAAGGUCAGCAAAGGACUUGUCAAACAGUGCAUUUGAUCAGAACGAUUCUUGAGAAGGGUCAUAUUAAAAUGAUUUUUUUUAUACAGAACAAACGUCUGUUCUUAUGAGCGUCUUUCAAACAAAUCUUGUCAUAAUAGGAAAUUUUAUUUUGAUUUUCACAAGAGUGGGGGACAUCACAUUAUGCAAAAUAACGCUUAUUUUAAAGAUGUUGGAAAUAUUUAUAUUUCUCGUACUAUUACCUCUUAGUCAAUUUUUCGAUCCCCCCUCCCCCCUUUGACUAAACGUAGGCUAGAUAUUAGGUAAAAGGCUACAUUUAGAUGCACAUAUCUUGAAUACAGAAACCUACAUGUGUUGCAGUAUGAUAUUUAUUUUUAGGAGUUUGCAAUACAUCAAUGAUUGAUUAUGCAUUUGUUAUUUUUUGCACAUAGGAUAGCUUUAUUUAAGUCAUCACUUUAUUUGCCUAAUUACCUUGCACACUUUUUCUUUGCAAUAAAAGUUAAUUACGCAAUUGCAAUGAUGGGAAAUUCAUCAUUACGUUAAUUGUUUAACAAUUACAGCCUUUGGGAAUUUAUUUCAUAGUUUAACUUUAUAGCUGCACAUGUAAGCCAUCAAGGUAUAUGCAAAUGAACCGGUGCUUGACAGGAAAUUUAACACUGUAGUAAAGAAGAAAUACUGUAGCAAAUUGUUAAGUUAACCAACCAUUCAAAUAUAUUUAUUAAUAUUUGCACAUCAUCAUGUGCUAAUUAUUGCUUUACACAACUACAAAUGUGAUCACAUUUACACUGUUGGCAUUAAUAAGAAAUACUUUGACAUAACAUCAAGUCAGUUUGACAUUUCAAAAGUGGAAUGUGUUAACUCGUUAAGUCCAAUUCACUUUUGGAAGGAAAUUAUAUUUUGUGACUCCAUAAACUUUUAACCCUGAAGAUACAAAAUACUCUUUUCUUUCUGAAAAAAAAAUUACAAUAGCAGACCUCCCUAAACCUUCAUAACACAUAAAUUUGGAUAAUUUUGCUCCAAAGAGAAUCUUACCAAAGAUAUAGAUAUAAGUGGAGUGAACUAAGAAAAUCAGUACUUAUUUUGAGAUAAUACAAGUAUGGUAUCUUCAUCACUUUGGCAGUAAUUUUUAUAUACAUACAAAAAAAAAAGAUUUCUCAAACAAUACAAAUGUUUCUAAAAUUUUUAACAGCACUGUUAUAUAUUAAUGAAUUUUUAUAAAAAAUGUAUUUUGGAUGAGAAAAUUGUUCACUUUUUGAGCUCGCACAAUGUACAUGUAAUACAUUGUAUAUCAAUGUGGAAAGAAUUUUCCCCAAAAAAAUAAGACAAAAUGGUACAAAAAUGGGUAAGAUGCACUUGGCCUACAAGUACUUUGUCUAAUUCUGAGACAAUCUUCUACCACAAGGGCUAAAACCAUUCAAUCUAAUACCCACCUACAGUCAAUUUGCCUACAUAUUAUUUACCACUUUCAAAAAUUAAGAUUUGGUACCUGAACAGUUCAUCUAAUCAUAGAGACAAAGUAGUUGUACACCAAUAUCAAGUGGCAAUUUACCCCCAAAUGUACCAAA